AUAAAAUUUUGUUAAAAUAACAAUUACGAUUUUUUUCCGUCCAAAGCGGUGUGAAUGUCAGGGUUAAAAAGAAGAAAAGUGCUUUAUCUAAGCACAGUAACUUACGUGCUUACUUAUAAUAAAAUAUUUUUCGAUUCCAUAAAAACUAAAAUUGUUUAAAAGAAUUCUUAAUAUACUUCUGCUUGCCCGAAGUUUUGCAAAACAAUUAGGUACUUUUAAAAUGGAUAACGUAACAAAAGCUUGGAUUGGACCCUUACCGCCAGAUUCACAGUAUCUAAAACCCUACCGAAUGUAUUAUGUGCAAAAUGGUGUUGAGAAGAACUGGGAUUUGCUGAAGGUCCAUGACAGCGUGGCUAUUAUUAUUUACAAUGCAGAACGCAAGAAAUUGGUGUUUGUACGUCAAUUUAGACCAGCUGUUUUCCAUGACAUCGUUUAUUCCUCUGGUGGUUCUCUGAAAGAAGUCGAUUUAGAAAAAUUCUCACCACAAUUAGGCAUCACUACGGAAAUGUGUGCUGGUAUAGUUGAUAAAAAGAAGAGUUGGGUCGAAAUUGCACGAGAAGAGGUGCUGGAGGAAUGCGGAUAUGAUGUUUGUGUGGACCGCCUUGAAGAAGUUUUAACAUACAGGGCUGGGGUAGGCUCACAUGGUGCAACUCAAAAAAUGUAUUAUUGUGAAGUUACUGAUGCGGACAAAUCCGAAAGCGGUGGAGGGGUAGAUGAUGAAGUGAUUGAAGUAAUGGAACAUUCAUUGGAGGAAGCUAAAAGAAUGAUAUGUGCAGGUGCAACUAAUAAUAGCCCACCAGGUUGUUUGCUGGGCAUUUUGUGGUUCUUUAUGAACAAGGCACCAAAAGAAGAAUCCUAGAAGUAUAUAAAAAAAAUUUUAUUAUGUAAAGGGCAAGCAGAAGAAAAUUUUUUUUUAUGUUAAACUAUAUUUAAUAUAAAAAUUUAGAUAAAGAGUUUUUGUAUAACAAAAACUUCUAAUAACUUA